AUGACGUGCAGCCCAGGACACAUCCUGAGAUGCCUGGGCUGGAAGAAUGACAUGGGUCUGUGGCUAGAGCCUCAGAUCUUGCACUGGCAGCACACGGGGCCACAGCAGCUGGACUGGGAGCCGCCACACGAGCCGCAGCCCCCUUUGCCACAGCCGGAGCAGGAGCAGGCUGGCACACAGCACACGGGCACACAGCAGCUGGAGCCGCAGCCCCCACACGAGCCACAGCCCCCCUUGGAGCCCCCACAGCUGGAGCCACAGCCCCCUUUGCCACAGCUGGAGCAGGAGCAGGCUGGCACACAGCAGCAGACGGGCACACAGCAGCUGGAGCCGCAGCCAGAGCCGCAGCCUCCACAUGAGCCGCAGCCCCCCUUAGACCCCCCGCAGGAGCCGCAGCCCCCCUUAGACCCCCCGCAGGAGCCGCAGCCCCCUUUGCCACAGCUGGAGCAGGAGCAGGCUGGCACACGGCAGCAGACGGGCACACAGCAGCUGGAGCCGCAGCCAGAGCCACAGCCCCCACACGAGCUGCAGCCCCCCUUGGAGCCCCCACAGGAGCCGCAGCCUCCCUUAGAGCCCCCACAGGAGCCGCAGCCCCCCUUGGAGCCCCCACAGGAGCCGCAGCCCCCCUUGGAGCCCCCACAGGAGCCGCAGCCCCCUUUGCCACAGCUGGAGCAGGAGCAGGCGGGCACAUAG